AUGGCGGUUCUCUCCACCUUCUACCACCCACUCUACACACACCACAACUACCGUACAAAGAGACAAGCCCGAAGCAGACACGCUAUCAGAUUCCUGACUGUGACGUCUUGUCGGAAGCAGAAAUCACCGGACGAGAGCGAAGGACUGAUCCAAAGAACAGUGGCAAAGAUUGUUUCAGAGGCUGAGAAGAUUGGGAAGAUGAUGAAGCCAGAGAAGAAAGGAGACAUUAAGGAUUUGAUGCUUAUGAGUAUCUCUUUUGCAGUUUAUGUUUAUAUCUCUCAGCUAAUGGUUUGUGCUUACUUCGCCUGGCGACAUGUCAAUCUCCCCAAUCCUUCAUGGUAG